GCGGGGCAGGCCGGGACGGCGCGCGGGAGGACGCGCAGGCUGCCUCUGGGACCGGGCCGUCGCGGCCGCCGAGGGACUGGGCGCAAUGACCGUACCGGGCCUCGCCGGGUUACUUGGCCGCGUUCCGGCCACGGCGUGGAGAGCGGCAAGAUCACCCCUUCUGUGUCAUUCUUUGAGGAAAAUGAGUUCUGAAGGAGAAAAAUCUGAACCCAUCAAGCAAUCCCUUAAGAAGCCAAAGUUACCAGAAGGUCGUUUUGAUGCGCCAGAAGAUUCCAACUUAGAGAAAGAACCACUGACAAAAUUUCCAGAUGAUGUUAAUCCUGUUACCAAAGAAAAAGGUGGACCCAGGGGCCCGGAACCUACUCGAUAUGGAGAUUGGGAACGAAAAGGACGCUGCAUUGAUUUUUAAGCCACGUGUUCUCUAACUUCAGUAUCUUUUUCUGAUUGUGUACAUCUGAAUUAACUUAUUCUGACUGUCUUCUUUCUGUAUAUUAUUUCAGUCAUCUAAUUUCCGUAAUGUGUUUAAAGAGGUAUAUGAUGGCUUUGGAAGAAAAUAUGCUGCUAUAAAUUAAGAAAGAAAAUAUUUCUACAUUAGCACAUUAAUUUUAAUUUAAAUGUAUUAGAGUAAGUGAUGAUUAGAACUGCAAGCUUUUAUUUCAUCAUGUUUCAGCUUAAAUUAAGCAGCUGCUUAUAAAAUACAAAUGCAAAUAAAACACCUUUUUAGAAAAAAUAAUUUUAUUGCUAUGUACUGAGUAAUAGUGGCUUCUUAAACAUGAGUUAAGUAGUGUGUACUAUUUUGGUAAAGCCAUGGUAACAAGGGAAGAUCUUUAACCCCAGAGCCAGAUUACUUGGGUUCAAAUCCCAGCUCUGCUACUUACUAGCUGUGUGACCUUAGGUAAGUUAUUUAACAUCUCUGUGCUUCAGUAUCCUUAUGUGUAUGAUUGAAGAUAAUACUAGCUCCAUCUCAUAGAGCAGCUGAGAAGAUCAAAUGAGUAAAUACAGGUAAACCACUUGGAGCAAUGCAUAGCAUAUACCUCUCAGUGGUAGCCAUCUCUAAAUCAUACUAUAUUUUCUAAGUCUUCAGGCUGCCUGGGGUGAAAAUCUAAGAAACUGAAAUUUUAAAUACUUGAGUUGAAAUUGUUUUAUAUGAAUGUAACAUUUAAAAAUCAUUAGUUGGAAAAUUUGAUUAUUUUCAUGGAUGAACAGAGCUGAAAUACUCAUUCAUUUGUUAAAGAUAAAAUUCAAGUCCGAAAGGCUAAUGUGAGAGAAGCAGGGGAUGGGUUGUGCCAGCUGAGUCACGUCUGAUGACUCAGAAGCUCCCUCCCUGUGGUCUUUGGAUGACUGGGUCAGGAGACGCCAAGCCCAUCUGCAGAGCAGUACUGAUGGAAGAACGGGAAGGGCUGGGCUCCUUUGCUGUCCGCUGGCCUCACUCAGUCGCAGAGAUUGGACCUCCACAUGUUAACAUAAAAUAACAUGUUUUUGAAAAGUAGUGAAACUAAAAUAACUUUCCAAAACAAAAAAAUACUUUAAGUGACAUUGUUUUAUAUUUUUUUGAUUCUCUUUAACAUCUAACUUAAUAGAAGGCCGCCGUAUUCUCGUAUCAUCUUCUGCAUUCAAUUGGUUGUGAUAUUGUUUUGAUUCUGGUAUAAGGAAGAAAAGGUAGCCUCACACAGGUACGUGGUUAGAAAAGGGAGUAUCUCUCAGAGCCCCUGUAGCGGUCUCAGGGUCCCCCAGGGUCCUUGGACACUUCCAAGAACUGCUUAGCUGACCUAAGUCGAGAGGGAGGUACUAAAUGCAGACUCCUUAGAAAGGUUCACAGAACCAGCUGAGCCUUCAAGACCAAAUUUCAGAACCCACAACAGCGCUGGCUAGAGAAGAGAGCUGGGGCCCAAUGUCAGAGUCUGCUGCACCUCUCUCUGUAGGCAGGAAACUGUCACCACCAUCAACACAAACCCCAGGAGCCCUGAGAUGAUGCUGACCAUGCUGGCAAAAUGAAGUCCCAGUGGCUUUCUUUUUCUCUCAUCUAACCUCUUGUGGGCACAGAGUCAGAUGUACACACCCCAGUGGAGGCUGGGAGGUGUGCUUUUACUGAUCCCUGGGCUGUAAGGCAGGCUCUGCACUGGGGAGCUAGCAGAUGUCGAGAUGGUGUUCAAAAGAGUUUGGACAGACAAAAAUGUUACUUGUCCACCACCAGCAUCCAAGGAAACUAUUUGAGAAUCAGUCUUACUGGGGCAUAUAGUAUAGAAUUGUAAAAUACAUAAAAUAUAGGUGUGUAAAAAUAAGGUUUAACUAAUCUCUAAAACACAUUAAAUGUCUAUUCCUGCUCAUGUGAAGACUGCUUCUGUCAAGAUUGGACAUUUGAGCCUAUAAAUUAUUUUUAUGCCUUUUACAUAGCUUUGGUUAAUGAAUAUGAAAAUUAAGUUAUGUGAAAGUUGCUUAAAAUUUAGUAACAGCCUAUAUUCUUUUGAAAUACCACUUAGAUAUAUUUAGACCCUGUAUUUCUAACCUAGUUGUUGCAAAUGGAGUCGCAUCUGAAGCCUGGAGACUGCAGGUGCCCCUGUUAGCUGUUGCUGGUAGAAAGGGAUCGUGGACAGACUGAGGAGUUUGUUGUUCACGCAGGCGUGGGAAGGAGACGAAAAUCACUGGAGUGUUCAAAAGCAACUUUUAAGAGAAUAUUAGACCCUGAAAACAUGCAUAAGGAGAAAAACUAGGAAAGUGUCUCUGCAGGCUUGUCUUUAAGUAGCCCCUUUGGAAAAAUCUGAAUUUAUAAACUGAGAUGUUAUAGACUGUGGACUGUAACCAUUAUCUUAAAACACUGUGUAUUCCUUAGCACAGGAGGUCACCGUAUUCAAAGAGGCAUGUACAACUUCAAAGGUGUAGAACACUUGGAUUCUUUGGUUUACCAGAAGAGUUUUGUAUUUUGUCUCAUCCCUAAGUCAGUGACUCAGGUGGAUGCCUUAUUUUUAAAAAAGCUGACAGAAGGUUGUAUUUUGAUAAUUAUCAUCUCGUUUUCAUUCUGCUAGUCAGAAGCCCCAGGCCUUUGGAGGGGGUUGUCUCAUAUCAAAUCUGAAACCUUGAUUACGAGUCACAGGUCCUCUACCCCUGGCCAUCCUGUAUGCCAGGUGCUGCAGCAGGCCGAACCGCCCAGAUGGUUUACUUCCGUGGUUUUGUGUGGAUAGGUUAAUGCUGACUGGAGUGCCCCUGCCUGUUGCUACCAGCAUAUCUCUUCUCCAGUCCUUUGUGGAAUGCGGCUCAGUGUGAACAGACAUGUGCAAUGCCCUUCUGUACGUCAGAGAAGCAAUAUGAGACUAAUGCUUGCCCAGCUAAUUAACCCUGACCACCCGUGGUGAAUCUAGAACUUUGUAUUACAGGAAGUCGAGAUAGCUGGUAAUGACAAGCGCAGGGAUAACAGUGUGUGCACAUUACUUAGAAGUGUGGAGGCAAGCACCAGAAGCACUGACUAGGAGAGCAGAAAGUAGUUGCCUCUGGGGGUGAGCUGGCUGGACAGGCGCUGCUGUUUUGCCUUAGAUGCUCUGUUUCUUCAAUGAAUAUGUUAGUUCCUAUUUUAAGAAAUUACACAGGUUCAUUGGGGAAAUUGAGAAAACAGUAUAAAGAAGAAAACAAAAAUUAUCAGUAAAACUUCUAUACUCCCGUAACCUUUGGUGUUUUGUCCUUCAGUAUUCUGAGUCUGUACGAGUGUUUUUUACAUCUGUUAUCCUAACAACUUCAUAGCAAAAAUGGUGAUUUCACGAUUUUAACAUUUCUUAAUCACAAGUGAUGUAAGCACUUUUCUCUGUUUGUCAGCCUUUUGUAUUUCUUCUGUUAAUUGCUUUUUCUUGUCUUUUGCUCAUUUCCUAUUGAAUAUUGACCUUUUGUUACCAAGUUGUAUGAGGCCUUUGCUUUUCACUUGCGCUUAUUUAUGCUGAACUUUUUGAAUUAUUUUUAUGGAGUCAUUUUUUUUUUCUCUUGGUCUGAGUUGGCCUCUGUGAUCUUGAUUUAUUAAUAUCCCUUCACAGAUUGCAUUGGUGGUUCCAGCCCAUGAUGAAAUCUUAAGUUCUGUGUCCUUCCUGGGCUGGCCCUUGACAUCCAUUCAGGCCCCUCCAUUCCAGCCAAGCCCCUCUACUCACAGCCUCUCAGACAGGCUCUUCAGCACCUCUCCACACUGGUAGAUAACAUGCCUUCUGCCGGAAUCCCCUCUUCUCUACUGCUGGCCUAGAAAGUACCUAUUGAGCUAUACUCACUUUCUUGGCUCUCUUCUGUGUCAUUUCCACACUCAGCUAUUGUAGACAUACUAACUUCUUUUAGAAUUAAUUUUCAGUUCUGUUCUCUGUUAGUCCGUGGGCUUCCUUAUCUGUCUUUGUCUUCCUGAUUUACUUUAUUCAGCUCUGUACCCCCAGUUGCAGCAUGGUGCUGGGUAUAGUAAACAUCCAACAAAUGCUGCCUCAGUGUUGAAUAAUUCAGUGUUCGUGGUGGGCAGAAUUCCACAGGGGCACCCAAGAGUCCCUCUCCCUGGUGUACUUGGACUGUGUAGUCUCCUCCCCUCCAGUAUGGGUGGGACCUGCGAAUAUGACGAGAUACUUGUCCCCUUGAUUAGGUUACAUCAUACAGCAAAGAUGGUGGAAUAGUCAUUCUGGUGGUCAUGUUACCUUUGUAAGAAUCUACUGUAGAGGGGAGGGUAUAGCUCAGUGGCAGAGUGUGCACUUAGCAUGUACAAGGUCCUGGGUACAAUCCCCAGGACCUCCAUUAAAACUAACUAAAUAAAUCUAAUUACCCACCCUCCCCCCAAGAAAACAAAACAACAACAAUAACAAAAGUGUAAUAAAGUAAAAAAAAAAAAAAAAAA